UGUGUCUCAGUCCAAGAGUUACCACGCGCUCCGGCGUCGUUCAGGGAAACUUCUGGUGCCCACGCUGGAGAAAGUGGUUGUUUAUGGGGAGAAUUUUAUUGAUUAUUUAAGAAACCCGAAAUGGCUGAGUCACCGACGGAGCCCCUCAACCCCCACAGCGAAGUUCCCGCCAAAACCGAGAGUCCUUCGCAGCGCCGCUCUCGGUUGCUGCGGCAGGGCGGGAAAGUGUUCAUGGCAAGUCUCGGCUGCUGGGUGAUGGGCUCUAUGUUCACGUUCCCGUCCGUCGUCGCGACAGACCUCCUGCAUAGCAACACGACCAUCUACGGCACGCCCAUCUCCUUCGGGAACUCGCUCGAUAUGCUGGGCAGCCUCGUCCAGCUGGGGUCGCUGCCGGGGGCGUGGGCCGUGGCGGGGCUGGCGGUCGUCCUCGGGCGGAGGUACAGCAUGAUGAUCUCGGGCUGUGUGGCGUUGCUGGCAUGGUUGGGCGUCGGGCUCUCCCCCAGCAGCGUGGGCGUGCUGGUGUCCAGAGCGGUGUCGGGCAUGGCCAUGGGCGGCCUCACGGUGGUCGUCAACAUCUAUGCCAUUGAGCUCGCUGAUCCCGACGUCAGGGGCAUGAUGGGCAUGAUGCUUAACCUGGGCAUCAUGGCAGGCCAGCUGGUGACCGUGUCCGUGGGUUACGAAACCAGGUACUUCGUGGUGGCUCUUAUCGAUGCUUUCAUUCCCGCCAUCUUCUUCCUGGGGUUGGUUUGGUUACCUGAGAGUCCGUCCUUCCUCGUUCUUAAAGGACGCGACGAGGAAGCCCGGAAGGUCAUCCGACAGCUCCGCGGCGAACACAUCAACGUCAACGAAGAGAUCCAGAACUACCGGGCGAUGAACGAGGGACGGGAAGGGCGGUCCGUGUGGCGGGGACUCACGCAGCCGCGGAUUCUCAAGAACCUGGGGAUCGUGUCCAUGCUCUUCGUCAUCGUCUUCUUCUCAGGGUUUUUCAUCGUUAACGCCAAUGCUUCGAGAAUGUUCAAGGCCGCGGGUUCUACUAUCGACGCAAAUUUAGCAGCCAUUAUCAUCAAUAUCGUGCAGCUAAUAGGCGGGUUCAUUGGAUUUCUAUUAGCGGACAAACUUGGUAGAAAAGGACUGCUAUAUUCAGGCCUAACGCUCAUGUGUAUAUCCCUAACUGGCCUGGCGACAUAUGUUGGUCUCACAGAGUCUCGUAAUGGGGACGGCUUUUCCGACGACCUACUGGGAAACACGACCGCCACGCCAUCUUUCUCGACCUUCACCAGUGAACAGAUAGACGACCUGACUGAAGGCCCGGUCAUCCACCAACACGGCUGGAUUCCGCUGGCGUGCCUCAUCGUGUGUCAGUUCGGUGCUGCGUUUGGCGUCAAUGCUAUUCCCUUCAUCCUGAGCACAGAGUAUUUCCCUACGUGGAUCAGGGCGCAGGCCAGUGGAAUCUGCUUCUCGGUCUACACAGCUGCCUCCUUCUCUGCCCUGCAGCUGUACACGCCCAUGAGGGAAGGACUCACCCAGGCAGGCCUUUACGGGUUCUAUGCCUGCGUGUCCGCCGUGGGAAUCCCUUUCACCUACUUCUUUAUUACCGAAACCUCAGGCCAACAAGUGGGAUAAGGUUUCGCGGACGGGACUAGUGUCUCUCUCUCUCACUCACACCCACACACCCACACCCACACACACACACACACACACACACACACACACACACACACACACACACACACACACACACACACACACACACCCACACACACACCCACACACACACCCACACACACACACACACACACACACACACACACACACACACACACACACACACACACACACACACACACACACACACACACACACACACACACACACACACAAGGUCAUGAUACAGGAUACAAUUUUCAUGGCCCACUGAGUGAGUGCAUUUCAUACUUGGACUGUGUGCUCUUAAUAUUAUUAUGGGAAAGGGAAAAAAUAUCGAUAAAUUGUAUAUAACAUAUAUAUAUAUAUAUAUAUAUAUAUAUAUAUAUAUAUAUAUAUAUAUAUAUAUAUAUAUAUAUAUAUAUAUUAAUUAACCAAGGGAAAUAGAUUUGACUAUCCGUUAUGAGGAAAUGCGUAAUGGUUCUCUAAUAAUUUAAAAAUGCUAUUAGAAAAAGGAUAUCAAAACUGAAUCUAAUACUAUUUUUUUUUAAUCGGUAACUGCAUCGUUACGUCACAAAAGUUGGAAGUAUUCUAUGUCUAUAUAAACUUUUUCUAAGUUCUAUCCGUGGUGCCAACGCGCAAAGAACCACCUGUUUCUACAGCUGCGCCCGAAACGCCUGUGAAACAUACAUCACGUGUUUCAGAUUCAGGAGUCGAAACUGGCGGAUCAGACACUCGCAGCAAUGAGUGGUGAACUUGGAGGGGAAGACACAAUACACUAAUAAUAAAAAGUUUUUUUUUUUGUUGAGCGGAUAAUGAAAAAAAAACCGUUUAUUUUUAAUAUAGCUGCGUAAUGAACGAAUAUGUAUUACGUGGGGAUGGGGGGAGGUGGAGGUAACUAAUUCGAUGUAUAGCAUAAAUUAUAAACAAGUCAUGUAAACUCUCAGUUAAUGGAAAAAAUAACCUUAGAAAGUGACAUAGUGCAAUAUACAUAUUUUUGAAAAAAAUCCUUUUUAUACAUUUUUGAGAGAGAGAGAGAGAGAGAGAGAGAGAGAGAGAGAGAGAGAGAGAGAGAGAGAGAGAGAGAGAGAGAGAGAGAGAGAGAGAGAGAGAGAGAGAGAGAGAGAGACAGAGAAAGUUGAGAAAGGUGAGAGAGUGAACAGUGAUCUCAGAUUUCUGCAUACAAAUAAUACAAACCAUGAUACUACACAUAUCGAGAUUUUUAUACAGGUACAAUGCAAGAACUUUUAUAUUUGACGCGUAAUAAAUCUCUUUUUUAAUA